AUGGAACCACUUUUGAUGGAUAUAGAUUGGUCGUCCCUUAAUUCCAAAGUGGUGGUGGAGAUAGCCAAACGCUUACGGUCGUUGGAAGAUUUCAUGGCAUUCAGGGAGGUAUGUACUUUCUGGCGAGCUGCCGUUGACAAAUUCGCACCGUCGUCAUGUCCUAGGGUUCCACUACUUAUGUUGGCAGAAGGAAAAAGCAGCUGUGAUGACGAUGAACGUGAAUUUUACAGCCUAUCAAAGAAAAGAACUUGUAUGAGGUUACACCUCCCGGAAGCAAAGGGUAAACGGUGCUUUGAAGUAAGAUUUGGAUGGUUACUAACGCUCACAAAUUCGGGAGAAACUACUUUGUUGAACCCUUUCUCCAAUGCACGUAUGGAACUCCCCAAUUUUCAUACUUUACCAAAGUAUAAUUACAUCACCGUCCCGUUUUGUUUUACCAUAGACAAAGGAGUAUUGUCGGACAAUCCAUCCAGGACAUCAAAUUUCAUACUAAUGGCCAUUCAAAAUGGUAGCUUUCUGGCCUUCUGUAGACCUGGAGAUCGAACAUGGACUCGAAUAAACUCUGGAAGAGCUGGAUUCCUACAUGUGAAUUACUAUAAAGGUAGUUUUUAUGCUAUCAAUUUUCAUGGAGAUAUUUGGGUUUGGGAUUGUAAUCGGCCGAUCGAGUACGCCCGUAUUCUCUUUUCCAUAGAUGAGAGACUAAUCCGCUUCAGACAACCAUAUUUAGUGGAAUCAUCAUCCAUCAAUAACAAUGGAUCAGAUGAUCUACUUUUAAUCACUCGCUACACUCACCUUGACGAGGAUGACGAUUGCCAUGAGACUAUGGAUUUCAAAAUAUUCCGUUUGAAUCUAAUGCGACGGAAAUUGGAGAAAAUCUUUAGUUUGGGAGGGGAAGGGAUAUUUGUUGGAGAUAAUGCUGCAAUUUCUAUCCCUUCAACACAAAUGAAAAUUGACGGAAUCCAAGGCAAUUGUAUAUAUUUUACGGACGAUUGUUGGGAGCUUUAUCGUAAAUUCGUAUGGGGAGGAAGAGACGCCGGAAGAGGCGGUGGACACGAUAUGGGCGUUUUUGAUAUUGAAGAUGAGACUACAACGCUUUCAUGGUGUUGA